AUGAAAGUCCUUUUGGGCUUACUCGACAUAUGGGAGAUUGUUGAAGAUGGCUAUGAUAAGCCACAAAACGAGACAUACGAAGCCGCACUAAUCACUAGGGCCAAGAAAGAAUUGAAGGAGCAAAGGAAAAAAUACAAGAAGUCACUUUAUAUAAUCUACCAAGGAGUUGAUGAAGGCAUGUUUGAGCUAAUUCCCUCAGCCACUACAUCCAAGGAAGCUUGGAAACUUCUCCAAAAGGCAUUCGAUGGAGUGGAAAAGGAAGAUGAUAAUGGUGGUGAUGGUGAAAGUGCAACCAGUCAAAGAGGACGUGGUCGCAAUCAUGGCCAAGGACGAGGUUGUGGACACCAGUCAAACUGGAGUUAUGAUAAAUCUAGCAUUCAAGGCUAUAACUAUAAUAAGUUUGGUCAUUAUGCCUCUGAGUGUUACUAUAAGAAAAAUGAGAAGAGAGUCAAUUAUGCUGACAAUGAAGAGAAGCAAGAUGAUGGGGUCCUACUAAUGGCUUAUAGUGGUGUGGACACCAGGACUUCAAGUGCGUGGCAUCUAGACACAGGAGCAUCUAACCACAUGUGUGGUAGAAAUGAGUUCUUUGCGGAGCUCGAUGAAGAAUUUAGUGGCACUAUCACGUUUGGUGAUUUGUCACAAAGGUUAGUCAAGGGGAAAGGAAAAAUCUUACUCCAGUUGAAGACUAGUGGUUGA